UAGUGUUUUCAAGCAAGCAGAGUAUGUCAUUUUUGUGGAUAUGGCUUGUUAUGCUCGGAUUUAUGGCAGGUGAAGGAAAUUAUCAAACUUUCAGUUCUUCUUCGUUUCAGAACUUUGUUAAAGCUUAUUUAAAAACCUCAUAUUUUGAUGCAGAAACUCGUUCUGCAAAGGAAGUUAAAAUUAACAAAAGGAGUAUUUCAAACCCAGAAAAUAAUUUAACUCUAAAAGAAGAAGAUACAAGCUUGAAAAUAACGCGAAAAAUACAAAAUUCAAAAAUCCUGCCAACAGCGCAAUCAACUUUGAAAAUAACUAGCAAAUCAACAACAAAGAAAAUCAUUCCACCAAGUUCUAGAGAUAUAAAUAUUGACUCAGGCUCAAAACAAUUAAUCAAAAGAUCAAUAGCUGAACUAAACAUUACCUCCAAGACAAAAUCUACCUUAGAUGACACCAUUCAAGAAUCUACAACAAAGCAGUCAACUACAGAAACCACAAUUGAGGAUACUACUCAAGAAUCAGAAACAGAGCAGACAACCACAGACACUACGCUUGAGGACACUACUCAAGAAUCCACAACAGAACAGUCAACUACACUUGAAGACUCUACUCAAGAAUUCACAACAGUGCAGACAACCACAGAAUCUACAUUUGAGGACACUACUCAAAAGUCAGCAACAUCUAUGAAACCUAAACCUGAUAAAACUAAGAAAAAUGUCAAUGCAAUAAAAAUAUCGACCCCUGCAUCAACAACUAUAGACAAUGCUAAAAAAUUCCUAUCAGAACAAGUACAACUUAAAUCGACAACAGCAAAAAUUACUAAAAAGCGAACUAUCGCCGCAAGUUUGACAAAACUCAGCAGUACAAAGCCAUCUUUAAAAAAGAAAAAGGUGCAUCUGAAGCUUCUACAAUCAGCAGAAUCUUCAACAAAAAAGUCAUUAACUGAUACGCCAUUUGUAUCGUCAUCUUUGGAGACACAUAAGACUAUAGGAGACAAUGAUACUAGUUUAGCAACAACAAAAGAAUGGCAGAAAUAUUUCACGCAACCACAAAAUAAACCCAGUAAAUCUAGUUCCCCUGCAUAUUCUCCAACGGAAACAUCUCUGGUAAAAAAGGAUGAAAUUACCAACAAUUCCUCAACUUCUUCUCAAGUUUCAAUAGACUCCAGCACAGAAACUCCAAAAAAGUCUAAAAACGAUAUUUCCCAAGACUAUAACCAUCCUAACGACACCACCAGCGAAACUCCUUGCAAUGUAACAUCUAUCGAUAUCAAUAUAGAUGUCGAUAUCAAGAUAGGCUCCCAAACAACAUCUAUUGUAUAUUUACUCUCAAAUGUGACUGCAUCUGAUAGCUUUUCAAAUGCAUCUGAUAGUUUCCAGAAUGUAUCCGAUAGUUUUUCGACAGCAUUACCAUCGAUUGAAAAUUUAAAGAGUAGAAAAGCAGUUGCCGCUAUUCUAUUGAUUGCACUGAUAUUGAUAUCUGCAGCUUGUGCACUUUUGUUGUUGAUAUCUCCUUCGAAAAACGAUUGGAGGAAAGGUGACAGAGUGGAACUCAUUUCGCCUAGAGGUCGUUCAGCAUAUAGGUACUAUGAUACUUCAUUGUACACAGGUUUAUAA